AUGGCCAAACAUUCUUUACUUCUUCUGUCAACUCUAGCAUUGAAUACCUACGCUUCAAGCCCUGUAUCUCCACUUACAGAUGAGCCACUCAUAGGAUCGGCCUACCUCCCUGCCGCAAACAGUUCAUUUUCAGCUUUCGAUGAUGCCCGAGCGAAGGCGAAAGCAUGGAUAGAUCAAGCCGUCGCCACUGGAGAAUCUGAGUAUGGCGCAAUCGAUACUCAAGAGACUUCCUUCUCGGUAUCUGUGUUUUCCACUAACAGCAACGAAACACUCUUCACCUACCACUACGAGGCUCCUUUAUUGAAUGGGUCGUAUACCCGUGGUAAACUCACAGACGAUACAAUCUACCGUACUGGAAGUAUCGGAAAGUUGCUUUCGGUUUAUCAGUUCCUGGUGGAUGUUGGAGACAAUGUCUACGUGGAUCCUAUCACGAAAUAUAUUCCCGAAUUGGCGAAUGCGCCUUACGAUAAUCCGCUAGAGCAAGUGAACUGGAAUGAAAUCACUCUUGGCUCUCUUGCAGCACAGAUGUCCGGUCUUGGUCGCGAUUUCCGUCUAGCAGACUAUGCUGUUGGAAGUAUCGGUAGUCCAGAUCAGGAGGACUCUGUGGCGCUUGCCAUCGAGAAUGGGUUCCCGCCACCAAUCCUUGCGAUUCCUCCUACCUGUGCUUAUUACUCAUAUGAACUUCCCACUUGUGACCGAGCAACCUACCUCCAGGGAUUGAUCGAACAUCCAGUCGUAUUUCCUUCGUACACCAAAGCAGCAUACUCGAAUAUCGCCUAUCCCCUUUUAAUGAUGGCUUACGAGAAGAUAACGGGCCGUUCAUUCAAAGAUGGCUUCGAUAGUGUCUACAGAGAUCGUAUCGGAAUGAUCUCAGCCUAUGCUGAUUCCCCACCUAAGGAUGUUGAUGCGGUUAUUCCCUAUAAUGACACUUACGCAACCUUCACUUUCAGCAUUGGACUUCAGUGGCCUGCCGGCGGGCAAUAUCUAUCUACUCGCGACUACCAACAAUGGGGCAGAGCUAUCCUUCAAAGUUCUCUGCUGCCAAAAGUCAUGACUCGACGAUGGCUCAAACCUCAAUCUGUCACUGGACAGUGGGCGAGCGAUGUUGGUGCACCGUGGGAAAUCUUCAGACUUCCGAUUCCUGUGGAUCCCACUCUAAACACGACUCGAAUUGUCGACAUUUAUACAAAGGGCGGUGAUGUGGGAGUCUACUCCACUGCGUUCGGACUCGUUCCCGAUCAUGACAUUGGUUUUACUGUUUUGGCAGCAGGAGCAGCACCGAAUCCUCAGGUUCAACCACUUAAAUCACUGAUUGCUGAGCUCUUCAUCAACGCCGCAGAAGCCGCAGCCAAAGAGCAAGCACGAAACGCGUUCACCGGGACUUUUGUGUCAACUGAUCCCAACCUGAACUCAUCUAUUACUUUGGAAGUUGAUUCCGGACCUGGUGUGGUUAUCACAGAAUGGAUCAGCAACGGUACUGACUUCAAGAAUUCUCCCCUUAUAGGCGCUGUUGAUGCCCGCCUUUAUCCCUCCCACCUGGAACGUGCCGGAGAGAAUGGAGCCGUCUGGCAAGGUUUCCGUGGACUGUUCCUUCCUGAGCGUCUGCCCGAGGAAGAAAACUUGUGGCCACAGUACAAGGAUACGUGGUAUUUCCCGGACAGCCGGAUCUACGACAACAGAGCUUCAGACGGCUUCAAUGUGGAAUUUGAUCGCAAUGGUAUCGUGCAGACGAUUGAGUCGCACUCGCUUAGGAUCAAACUCAAGCGGGAGUAA